CCUAUUGUUGGCCAUUAGGCUAAAAUCCGGACUUCGCCAAUCCAAGCGCGCGGGCAAUUGCGAGCGACGCCUUCAGUCCACCUGAGGCGUUCGCAGUGGGAUACCAAAGACGGAGAGCAACCUGGAAGACCUGUUGGAUCUCAAAUUGAGCCGAACUCGGAACUCGUGCCAUUUUGGCGAGUCCAGUCUGCGCUGCGCUGCCACCUGCAUGCGGAUACCUUAACGAAUUCGACCACAUUAGUUGCAUGGCGUCGUUCCUUGGGCGGGCUGCUGGCCAAGUGGCCUAGCCUUGUCGUGUAUAUGUACGUGACACGAGGUGCUGCGGCGGCAGUGUGGUUGUUAAAUCUGAGGUUCCGAGUGCCAGCGGACAUCAAUAAACCCCCACCGAAGAGGGCCCUGGCGGCGGUUCUGCAUCCCAAAAUGGCUUCUUGUUGGCCCGCUAUGCUUGCUCAACUAGUGCGAGCCUGCCUUAUCUUCACAUCCCAUCGACAGGAACAGUUACGGGUGCGAAUACGGAUACUGCGCUCCCUCUGCUACAUUCCAGAGCCCGCCUCGCUCUAAGCGUCAUUUCCUUCUUCUUUCUUAGAUCUGCUUCUUUCUGGCUUCUGGCGGAGAGUCCGAGCACUCGUCCUGCAAGCUUCUUAGGGUCUAGCUCGCAGGCGGGGGGUUGGUGUUGGGCUCUGCCCGCCAUGCCACCACCCAAGCUUGGAGUCGGCCAAGCUCACCACCCUCCCAGGUCUUUCUGAGCAGCUGGGCUGUGGUUCCCAGAAACGCACCCUAACAUGUCCUCAUUGAGCCGAGCGAUUCCCCAAGUGCAGCUCAAAGGCCUCCCUACCUUUUGUGCUGUUGGCUACC